AUGGGAUUGAUGCAGGUUUUGAGUGAAGAAGUACAACGGAUUCUGUGGUUUUCGAAAAAAGAUAAGAGUGAAGAAUGCAGUGAUCAGAGCAAACAAGCUUCAAAUUUCAAUGAUUUAAGUGAAAACAAAUUCACUUACAUAAACAUUGAAAAGGAAACAGAGGACGAUAAAUUGGCAGAAUCAAAUCUCAGUGGAAAUUAUUAUCAGACUCCUGAAUUAAUUGGUGAAAAUAGCAAGAACAAGAACAAGAACAAGAAUCUCUCUGGUAAAAAACGCGCGUUAACGUUAGCUUCAAAUGAUGAUAUUAUUGAAGGGAUUAAAGUUAAAUCAAGUACAAUUAUGAAAAUCAAGUGCCAAAAAAUUAUGAGGAAAUUAUUGAAGCAUCAAUUUGGAUGGGUAUUUAGCAAACCAAUUGAUGUUAAGGCUUUUAAACUCGAUGAUUAUUACGAUAUAAUUCAACACCCUAUGGAUCUUGGAACUGUGAAAUUAAAGCUGAAGAGGGAUGAGUACAAAACACCACAAGAAUUUGCAGAUGAUUUGAGACUAACAUUCAACAAUGCCAUAAUUUAUAAUCCAAAGGGUAGUGAUAUUUAUACUAUGGCACAAGUAUUACUUGGUAAAUUUGAAGAGAUGUUCGAACCAGUUUACACGAAAUAUUUGUCUCAGCCUGAGGUAUUUUUAAUGUCAAAUAUUGAAUUACCUCAACCAUUGCCAAUUGAAAAAGGAUUAGAGGAACUUGAAGAAAAGCACAAUGAUUUAGCUAAUGAAGUAAAGAGAUUAAAAGCUACAUGUAAUGAGCUACUUCAAGAGAUUAGAGAUUAG